AAGAUCCCGACUCCCAAUUGGGAAGAGAACCAACGAGAGAAGGAGAACACAAUGGCGUCGAUCUACAGCCUCUUCAUCAUCAGCAAAUCCGGUGGUUUGAUCUUCUACAAGGAUUAUGGAUCAUCUGGUCGAAUGGACACGAAUGAUAGCUUGAGAUUGGCGAGUUUGUGGCAUUCGAUGCAUGCGAUUUCUCAGCAGCUCUCGCCCACGACUGGUUGCACCGGCAUCGAGCUUCUCCAGGCGGACACUUUCGAUCUCCAUUGCUUCCAGGCCCUCACUGGAACUAAAUUCUUUGUUGUUUGUGAACCGGGCGCACAACAAAUGGAAAGUCUGCUUAAAGUUAUCUAUGAGCUAUACACAGAUUAUGUUUUGAAGAAUCCAUUCUACGAGAUGGAAAUGCCGAUCCGGUGUGAACUUUUCGACCUAAACCUUUCUCAAGCCAUUCAGAAAGACCGAGUUGCCCUCUUGGGCCGAUGAAUUCAUUCGUGUCUCGUUCGUUCCACCGUAUCUAAAACUUGUUCUUUGUGUUUUGUUCAUCAAGACAUUUAUUUUGUAACUUUGCACAAAGUAAUGUAUCAAUUCAUUUCCUCA